AUGGAGCUGAAUAAUUUAAAGAAGCUUCGCAAAGCUAUUCGGUCUUCUUUCACGAGAAUUGUUUCAAGAAUAAAAAUUCAGCUGGAAUCUGCCGAGGCAGAUAAACAUGAAGUUCAAGUGGCUUUGACAUUAUUAGAAAACAAAUGUGCUGAGUUAAAAGACAUUAACGAAAAGAUUUUAACGCUGCUUCUAAACGUUGAAGACGCAGAUUUAAAAGAAGAAAUGCAAGCUGUAGAAGAAUACGAUUCAAAUUUUGUUGAUAUUCACACGAAAGGUAUGUCAAUUAUUAAUGUGCCUUUAUUAGUAAAUGAAAGCAGUGAUACAUUUUCUGAAAAUAAGAAUAAGCGGAAAUUCAAAUUACCUAAGCUAGAAUUCAGAAAAUUUGGCGAUGAUAUUAAAGAGUGGCUUCCCUUUUGGAGCCAAUUUCAGAAAAUUCAUGACGAUUGUGAUAUUUCGGAAGAUGAUAAAUUUCAGUAUCUCAUUCAAGCCACUGUCAAGGGUUCCAGAGCCCGAGAAGUAGUGGAAAGUUACCCACCCAUUAAAGAUAAUUAUUGUAAAGCCAUUGACAGUUUAAAAUCAAGAUGUGGGAGGGAAGAUCUCUUAGUUGAAAUAUACGUAAGAGAAUUGUUGCAAUUGAUAAUCUCAGUACACCAAACACGUCAGAACAUUUCUUAUUCGUCUUUAUAUGAUAAAUUAGAGUCGUAUUUGCGUGCACUUGAAACAUUAGGUGUCACUACAGAUAAGUGUGCAUCUAUGUUAUUUCCUUUGGUAGAGUCAUGUUUUAAUGAAGAUUUUUUGAAAGCAUGGCAUCGUAACGUAACUUUGGAGUCAAAAGAUGAUUCGAAAACACGUCUUGAUAGUCUAAUGAAGUUCUUGAAAUCCGAGGUUGAAAACGAAGAAAGUAUUAACCUGGCAGUAUCUGGUUUUGGUUUACUUAGAAAUAAAAGUUCUAAGGAAAAUAUAGAAAAGAAGCGGAUUAAUUUAAACACUUAUAAGGACAAAAUUCAUACUGCAUCUGCGUUGACUGCCAGCACUCAUACAACUGAUUUUAAAAGAUGCGCAUUUUGCGAUGGUAGACAUUUGAGUUCGAAUUGCUUCUCAGCUCAAAAAAUGAAUUUAGUUGAAAAACGGAAAAUAUUGAAGGAUAAGGGUUGUUGCUAUCUAUGUUUAAAACCUGGUCACCAAGCAAAAUUGUGUAGAAGCUAUUUUAAGUGUACUAAUUGUAAUAAACGACAUUUGACGAUAAUGUGCGAUGAGUUUAAAUCUGACACAUACAGGCAACAACAAGAAAUGAAAGAAACGGCAGUUGAAGAAAAAUCAAAAGAUGUUACCAUGACAACCAUGAGUAAAAGUCCAAGAGUUAUUUUGCCUACGUUAAAAGUGAAGUUGGUCUCCACUUCCGGCCAUAAAGAGAUAGAAGUGAAUGCUAUUUUAGAUACUGCAUCGCAGCAUUCGUAUAUUUUGAAGGAUUUGGCGGCGAAAUUAAAUUAUGAAAAAAUUCGUGAUGAAGUUGUAAUUCACUCUUUAUUUGGCGGUAUCGAAACUGAACAACGACAGCAAAAUUGUUACAGAAUAAGGCUAAGAAAAUUGGAUGAUACAUUUACUUGUAAUUUUGAAGCUUUAGAUCAAGACAUGAUAUGUAGUAAUUUAAGUCCAGUCAAAAAUGGACCUUGGCUGAAUGAGCUAAAGAAGUUACAUGUUUCUCUUACCGAUGUUGAUGAGAAUCCUAAAGCAAUUCAUGUACUAAUUGGCGCCGAUGUAUAUGGGAAACUCGUAACUGGAAAACAUGAAGUUUUACCGUGUGGCCUAGUAGCCAUAGAAACUUUUUUAGGAUGGACAUUACUUGGGAAGUCACCCGAAAUAGAACGAAAUACCAACACAGCGAUGUUGGUUACAUCACUUUUUAUUAAAGAAGCUGAUAUUUCAGACUUAUGGAAAUUGGAUUUGAUUGGCAUUAAAGAUCCAAUUGAAAGACUCUCAAAAUCUGAGCAAGAAGCUAUUGCUAAAAAUCACUUUCUUGAAACUGUUAAAUUUACUGACAAUCGUUAUGAAAUUAGUCUCCCUUGGUUAGAAAGUUGUGCACCUUUACCUGACAACAUAGAUCUGGCAAAAAGGCGAUUAAAUAAAGUAACUGAAAAACUUCUAUUCAGCAAUCAUUAUGAUGCAUAUGAAGAUAUUUUCCAUCAAUGGUUGGAAGACGGCAUGAUAGAAGAUGUUCCGGAAACAGAAAUUAGUUCGUUCGGAAACUAUUUACCUCAUAGACCGGUGUUUAAAGAAAGUGCCACAACUCCUAUUCGGCCAGUUUUUGACGCAUCUGCUCGGAUGGCCAACCAGCCCUCAUUAAAUCAAUGUUUACAAUUUGGUCCAAACUUAAUCGAAAACAUCCCAGAUAUAUUAAUGAGAUUUCGCAUGAAGAAAAUUGGAAUAGUAGCUGAUAUAAAGAAAGCCUUCCUCCAAAUCGGUGUGUGCAAAGAUGACAGAAACUACUUGCGUUUCUUGUGGUGGAAAAAUAAAGAUUGUAAAGAGUAUAGAAUGUUUCGCCACAAAAGAUUAGUGUUUGGAGUGAAAAGCAGUCCUUUUCUUCUUGAAGCCGUUCUGAACUUUCACAUACAAAGCUAUGCUGAAUCCUGCCCUGUUGUGGCUUCUAUUCUUACAAAAGGAUUUUAUAUGGAUAAUCUCGUCACCAGUAUAGAUAGUGAAGAAGAAGUGAAACUGUUUGUUGAUGGAGCCAAUGAGUUGAUGCUUCGAGGUGGCUUUGAACUUCGGUGCUGGGAAAAUUCGUCAUAUGGCAAAGAAGAUGAAACAGCAGAUGACUCUAAUGUUCUAGGUAUGAAAUGGGAUAGCUCGUCUGAUGUUCUUAGAGUUAACAUGACAUGGUUUGAUGAAGUUAACUUAGAGACAAUUUCGAAACGAGCUUUACUGUCGACAGCACAUAAAAUAUUUGAUCCGAUGGGGUUUGUUACACCCGUGACACUUUGCCCAAAGCUCUUGUUGCGAGAAGCAUGGCAACAAGGUUUAAACUGGGAUGAGGAAAUAGCAGAGGAUUUGAGAAAGAAAUUUCUAACCUGGUUUGAUUGCCUAAAAGAUCUCAAUUCAAUUAGUUUUCCUAGGUGGAUAAAAUUUCCUUUAACUGACACUCAUUCAUGUUCUCUGCAUACGUUUUGUGAUGCAAGUAAAGAUGCAUAUGCAACUGUUGUCUUCUUAAGAGUGCAAAUAGAAGAUAAUGUAGACGUUUAUAUCUUAGCUUCAAAAUCUCGCUUAGCUCCGACGAAAGGUGCGACCAUUCCUAGAUUAGAACUUUUAGCGGCUCUGAUUGGAGCGCGAUUAACAAAACACAUCAUUGAUUCAUUGGGUUGCACAAGUAUUAAAGUGAAUUACUGGAGUGAUUCGACAACGGUACUCACGUGGAUAAGCAAAGAGGAAAAUUGGUCCAUCUUUGUCAAAAAUAGAAUUGAUGAAAUUAGAAAAUUAACUUCCACGACAUGUUGGGGAUAUGUACCAAGCGAAGACAAUCCUGCCGAUUUACCUUCAAGAGGUUGCAAUGCGAGUUCCUUUUUAAAAGGCAGAUGGUGGGAGGGGCCACAUUGGAUGAAAGAUCCGAUUGAAAAUUGGCCAUGA